CAGCUACAGCAAGGCUAGAGACAAGGUCAACCAAGCAACAGUGACCUCAAAUUUGGAAAGUGACCUGGAAGAAGAAGCAGGCAGGAAGAUUGUCACACCUGCUCGGUACCUCGAUUCAGAUGCAGAUAUAGAUGAGCCUUUUGCCAAGAGAGUGAAGAAAAAGACACACAAUUACUCCCCAGACUCCACAGAUGCCAAACAUGUCUUCCUUCACCCCAUCAAUGGAUUUCUUUUCAGCCAGACACAACGAGGACAGCCCCAACCUGAUGAAACCCUGAUGUAACCAGCUCCCCCCCCCCCAAUCUUUGGCAGCUUUGCUCAAAAAUGUGGCUGUGACCUCAACCAGGACUAUGUUACAGAGCAGUGACAAAGGUCCUUCUAUGACCAGCACUCCGAAUACAACUUCAAACACUCAGACUUUGCUCACAAAUUUAGAUGUGACCUCAACCAGGACUAUGUUACAGAGCAGUGACCGAGGUCCUUCUAUGACCAGCACUCCGAAUACAACUUCAAACACUCAGAAUGAUUCUUGUAUACCAGCAUAUGUGAGGGCCAUCUUUAUUAAACUGGACAAGAUCGAACUCUCUCUAGAGACCAUUCAGUCCAUUUUAACCAAAAACAUGGGUUCUGAUGACCCUGAAAUUGAAGAGCUGACCAGGUCACUACAGACUCCAGCCCAACUUGAAGAAGCUUCUGACAAGCUAAAGGACACAGCUCACAGAAAGAAAGUGGUUGAUUAUCUGUCACUGCUGGGUGGUAAAUCUCCUGGUGACUCUGUACGACGGAUAAUGCGAAAAAUUGGAACAAAUGCUCUUUGGGCCAAUUACAGUUUGAAGGGUCGAAAGGGGAAAAGAAAUUUUCAGGACCUGGCUAUAUAUCCCAUCAUAAUCCAGGCCUGCCAGAAGAUCCACCCCACGACUCUUCAAAAAACGAUUGAGAACUGUGUAGCGGAUACAUUACGAUAAGCUCCACACAGAAUCACUCAGGUCAGUGUUAAUUUGUU